AUGGUUCAUUCUUCCCAAAAUACUUGCUUCCCUCUCGGCACACGCAUCAGCAAUUACGAAAUUGUUAAUGUCUUAGGUGAAGGUGCCUAUGGUCGAGUAUACCUUGCAAAGCAAAUUGACAGCAAGACAUUGGCACCCAAACUUUAUGCAAUCAAGUCUCUUCGACAAGCCAAGUUGGAUGAUCGACAACGCGCAUUUCAGCGCACGGAGAUUGGAUUGCAUGCACGGUUGUCGUCAACAGCAAAUGAUCAACAUAUUAUUCGACUCGAACGUGUGGUGCGUGAACCUGGUUGGGUGCAUAUGGUUAUGGAAUAUGGUCCAGAAGGCGAUUUGUUCUCGGCCAUUACAGAACGAGAUCUUUACGUUGGCAACCAUCAGCUUAUUCGACAUGUCUUUUUGCAACUUAUUGACGCUGUUCGCCAUUGUCAUCGCCAUAACGUAUAUCAUCGUGAUCUCAAACCUGAAAACAUUCUCGUCUUUGAUCGAGGCAGAAGCGUCAAGCUUGCUGAUUUUGGUUUGGCUACGACUCAAGCUGUUUCCAAUGAAUACGGCUGUGGCAGUACAUUUUAUUUUUCACCAGAAUGCCAAGGAGAUCUUCGGAAAAAGAAGCAUCGUGUCGGCUAUGCAACGGCACCUAAUGAUGUAUGGUCAUUGGGGGUGAUAUUGAUCAACCUAACAACCGGCCGUAACCCAUGGAGACAAGCAUCGUUGACCGAUGAGACAUUUUGUGCCUACUUGAGUGAUCCUGAUUUCUUGCUACAAAUCCUUCCCAUCUCCCGUGAGCUCAAUCAAAUCCUCAAGCGUGUCUUUUGUGUUGAUCCAUUGCGUCGUAUUUCGCUUGAUGAGCUGUAUGAACGCAUUAAACGAUGCAAGCAUUUCACUCGCACGCCUCAUGUCGAGAGACUCGAAAUGCAACAAGAUCUAGCACGUGAUUUGUUGCCACCAUCGCCACCUGCUACACCACGUCGUUCCCAAUCAUCAUGGAUCUCUCAUCAAUCGUCAUCAGCAGUAGCAGCAGCAGUAGUCGAUACCCCAACAUGUCAGGAUCAUCACCACCAAUUGGAUUCACUCGUACCUGACAUGGUGGCAUUGAGUGUAUAA